AUGUUUCUAGUUUUUCAAAUCCUCUGGCUUUUUAGUUUACUAUUGGCUCCCGCACAAAGCUUUAUUCGAAAGCCAAAUAUUUCAAGCUUUAUAGAUAGUUUAAGUUACAUAGAUCCGUUUCCGUUUUGGCAAAAGGAAAUUGAAGAUAAACCUUCACCUUAUGAGUUAGAGGAAGAGUUGGAUGUUUGGCCGGAGUAUGAUGAUAAAAGUUUUGAUAUCGAACCACAAAAUGAGCCACUACAACAGGUUUGUGACAUAUCAAUACGUAAAGAUAUCGAGGAUCCAAAGCAGCCUUUGUUUAUUAAAACGGGUACCACGGAAUUCUAUCCCUACGAUUCAAAUGGUGUUAUGAGUGUGGCCACCAGGGAAGAUAUUGAACUUGUUUGUACUCAAGGUUUUGCUAGUCCCAUUCAGGGUUAUAAUGUUAUUGCCACUUGUGUUGAUGGCCUUAACUUUAUGAUCGCUGGCAGGAGUAGGAGUUUGGAUAGUGUAACUUGCGCCAGUUGGAAUAAAGUAACGACUAGAGUCCUUAGUAACUCAUGUCCAGGUGGCACUAAAUUCAUUGAUGUUGGUUUCGAAUUAACUCCCAUGCGUUUCGCCAGCCUAUAUCAGGUGUGUUUUAAUGAAGACUUUGAAGUUACACGUUAUGUCCAACACACCCUACGUAAAGGCGCUAAUUUUUAUCAAAAUGCACCACGACCCGGCUUAUUUGAGCGGGCCGGCUUCUUUCAAGAAGAUUUGGAAAAAGUCUUUACCAAGCGUGAUCAAAAACUUAUUGUUGACAUGAUUUUGGGUGCUGAUUCCUCCAGAUUCUUUAGUGCUAACAUAUAUUUUUUGGUACGUGGUCAUUUGGCUGCCAAAGCGGAUUUUGUUCUAGGCAGCCAACAGCGGGCUACAUUUUUUUACAUUAACACUGCUCCUCAAUGGCAAUCUUUCAACGGUAACAAUUGGCUGGCUGUGGAGAACGGUUUGCGCAAGUGGGUGCAUAUGAACAAAUUGGAUUUGAACUGUUGGACAGGGGUUUAUGGUGUCACCACAUUGCCUAAUCUAAAUAAUAUCCCGACACCGCUUUAUUUAUAUGUCGACAUGAACAACAAUAUGAUGCAUGGUCCGGUGCCAAAACUAUUUUUCAAAAUAGCCAUUGAACCGUUUAGCAAACGAGGCAUUGUAUUGGUUGGUGUGAAUAAUCCACAUUUGACACUGGCUGAGAUCAAGCAAGACUAUAUAUUGUGUCCAGAUGUGAGCGAUAGAGUUACCUAUGUAAACUGGAAGAAAACUGAUAUUAGAAAGGGCUAUAUGUAUGCCUGUGAAGUAAGUGAAUUUCGUAAAGUAGUGACACAUUUGCCAACGUUUGAUGUUAGUGGUUUAUUGCUUUAA